GCGUCUGAACUGAAACGUCUGAAAUCUUUCUGCCGGCCUUGAAGAAAGCAGCCACAACAAAAUCGUUAAUAAUUUUUUUUUCUAGAGGAUUGUUUUCAUGAUUAAAUAAAAUUACAUCGGAUUAGUGAUUGUUUUUUUGUAUUCAAAUAUGAGCAAGUCCGAGCAGCACAACGAAGCCUUCGAUCGGAAACUGGUUCAGUUGCUCACUCACUACUACCAGGAGAUACGUCAAACCGGUCCAUCCGUUUGGCAAAAAAUAGCUCUUGAACUUCAAAAUGACCCGGAAAUCUCCCAGGCAACAAACAUCCGCUGGCAGGAGAUAAGUAAAUAUUUUCAGUUAACCCUGGUGUUCAAAUUGCCCCACCUGACCAGCAAUCAGGAUAUCGUUGAUCGAUUGCAGUACCCUUACCUGAAGCGGGUUUACUCGGUUACCAUUCGCUAUUUUAGUGUCGUCCCCUCACAGGCCACCAAUCGUAAGGAGGAUCAGAUCAAAGAUCACAAACUGUUCAUUAAAUAUGAUACCGAUUCACAAUUUGAUCCGGAGAUUGUGAAGGUAUUCAAAUUUCAUCACUGGAAGGGUACUCGUGUGACCGUCGAUAUAAACGUUGAGGAUCCAGUUUACGCGUUGUCAAGAGGUGAAAAAGAUAUACUGAUUCAAAUGGAGCUGCAAAGACGUAAACGUCAGAUGAGACAUACAGAGCAGGAGGGAAAACGAAAAACCGAACCUGGGACCUGGCUACAAAAAGGCACUAAGGGGACUGUUACUACGGCUUCGCCUGGCUCUCCGGUCAUACUGGACGGUGUGCCGGUGCAAAUUGACAACGAUAGUCAACCCCAGAAGGAUCGUUCUAUGCCUGAUCUACUGGAAAAGCAGUCCCUAGUCAUCAACACGCAGGAGUACAAUGAUAUAAUCAAGGAGUCCCUGGAGCAGGAACUUGUGCCUCCUACAUUUUCUUCGAUCAUUCAUACUAACAGCGAUUCCGAAUCUUCGCCCAUGGCGGAGCGGCUUUCGCCAAUUCCCAGAAGAUGCGAUUCAGUGAGUGGGCGGCGCCGGAAAGUCACCGAACGUUUGUCUAGUUCCUUGGCUGACAACGAAAAGGAAACUGAACAGGUCGAACUAGAGGAAGGUCAUUUGGUACCUCUUAGCUUUGCAAAAUCAACUUCUAAGCUAUCGAUAGGCGCAAACUCCAAUGAAGAUAUUUAUUUUGUUGAUGCUUCGGUUUCAAGCAGAAGUUUGUCGAAGGGAAUUAACUCCGUAAACGCCAAUUGCAUCAACGAAGUGGAACUAAACCGGCACCAGGUAUCGGAGCCUCCGGACCACCAACCGACGUCUGAGACAGCAUCGAACCCCCAUUCUGAUGUCAAUCCAUUGGAUGAUUUCUUCACCGACAAUGAAGACGAUAAUUCAGUUAUCAAAAACAGCUGUCCCUCGUGUGAAAGUCCAGUGGAAGAGAAUUGUUCUAAUGUAAAUCACAUCAUUAACAACGAUACGGGAAAAAACAAAAACGAUGGACACGUAUCGACACAUAGCAUACCCGACGAAGAGGAAACGAAUCAUGAGGUAAAAGCGGAAAUUAUCGACUUCCCCGAACAAGAUUCCGAUAUCAACAUCUUGGAUAGACGCGUCCAGUAUGUCAGUCAUUUAGAUCAUCUGUUAAACAAUUUCUUCACCGACAGCGAUGAUUCAGCCAUUGGUAGCAACGGUUCCCCCCGAGAAUCCGACACGGGCGAAGGAAAUAAAAAUCGUCGUUCUGCGACCUGCCACAAUGACUGCGAAGAACCUCAACUCAUCCAACACGAUGCAUCAAUUCGACACGACCAUCAAUGCAUCAAUUCGGACAGCGUAUCUACCCCCGAAGUAGUUCCAAACACGGAUGUUCCGGGAUUACCUGACAAAGGAAACCUAGGUCAUGAUCAACAGCUUUUGGCGGAACUCGGUUUGAUAAACAACAGCAAACGGAAUAAUGCGGAACAUCAAUGUGAAGUGCGUCCACAUUUAGAUAUGUCGUCUCCUGAGGCUGCGUCGCAUUCCCAGCCCGACGAAGUCCAAAUGCAACCUGAAGUUAUUGUCGCACCAAACAUUGUUUUGGAAGAUUUCUUCACCGACAACGAGGAAGAUGAUUCAGCUAUUGAUAGCGACUGCUCCUUACGGGGACAUUGUUCAGCGGAGCGAAAUGACUGUUCUGCGAACAGCAUCAAUAACAGCGUAGAACCCCAACUCAAUCAACACGAAAACCUUGUCCCGGAAUAUCUUGACGAGGAACAAAUACCUCAUGAUCAACAGCUAGUUGUGGAACCCUGCUCGGUUAACAACAGCAGAGCGGAGCUUCACUGUGAAGCGCGAUCUAUAGAUAACACCAUCAAUGACAGCGGUGGACGUCAAAUUAACCAGCACGAAAAGCUUGUCCCGCAAUUACCUAACGACAAACAGCCAUGCUCGGUUACCAAUAGCAACAUGGAGCUUCAAUAUGAAGCACAUUCUGUGGAUCAGAAUUUUGACAACGACUGUAAUCAGAGGAGCAGAAUCUCAAUACUUACAGUUUUUCCGUCGGAAUUCAACGCAGAUUUCAGCUUUAACGUUACUGAACCAAAUGAUCCAAUAGCAGUCGAGGAGCAUAUUUCGAUACAACUUUGUCUCUCUAAUGGGUCUGCUGAUCACAACUACAGUGCCACGGCGGAACAUCAGCGCAGCGAGGAAACAGCUUCGCCAUCGUCUUCCACCGUCUCUUCCAUGGUUCCACAUCGUUGGGCCACAAUCCAUAAUCUUCUACAUCCCAGCAUAAACCAGCGGCUUUUGCUUCAACAAGUCCUGCGAAGCUGUCGCCCACAACUUUACAGCAAGACAGCAAACCCCUUCCCGAACGUUUUGGAGCUAGUUCCAACCGUGCAGCUGAUCCUAUUUCCCAACAAAAAGGCUUCCGAUCUCACAAGCGGUACCAUUAUCAUGGAAAUGGUCUACGCAAUAACGUGUCAAAUAUUGUUGGGAUGUCAGCCGCACAAUCCUUUCAACACUUCGCGAGAGCCUCUUAGUCCCACUAUCCCGGAAAGAUGUGGUACUCCUGCAGUUACAGCAGACUGUCAACCAGGAUCCAGUGUUCGGAGGAAAUUAAAGCGACCUAGAGUUCGGUAUUCUCAGCUACCACCUGCUGGUACCGACUCCUCGGACGAUGAAAUGGAAGAAGAUCCAAGAGCGAAGCGCAAGAAGCCACACCAACUCACGACAGAAAAAUCAGUUGAGGGAGAGCUUGCUGAAAUCUAGUCUGUUAAACCGACCAAAGAGCAUAAAAACUAUAAAAAGCUGACAUUGGAACACAUCUUUAAAGACGUUUAAAACACUUAUUUUUCUUCAUUUCCCUUAACUAAAAUUGUCGUGAAAAUUAACCACUGAAAUAUUUAAGUUCUUAGUUUUCUUUUCCAUCUUCCUAACAUACACUUUGGUCGAUUAAAUACCAAAUUGUUACCAAGAUUCCAUAUCAACAAGACUGAAAAAAACAUACUAAAUUCAAUAGAAAAG